ACGUCCAUCGGUUUGCCGCGGCCUCCAUUUUGCAUUAGUUUAGCUUGCGCGCUGCAUCCAUCUGUGGUGCAGCACUAACAAAUAAAGUGCAUAAAAGGACUACUUCAAGCUGAAUAUACAUUGUCACGGAUUAUACGAUGGCUGACCCAUCAGCAGACGUGGAGUUCCUGGAGGGCGCAGAGGUCCGCAAACUGUCGGAGCUGAGAGUGAUCGACCUGAAGGCCGAGCUGAAGAAACGAAACCUGGACACCACGGGCGUCAAGAGCGUGCUGUCGGAGCGUCUGAAAAAGGCAAUCGAGGAAGAAGGCGGAAAUCCUGAUGAGAUUAUUCUCACGCCGGAGUCAGCCCCAAAGAAAGCUACACCUAAACGGACUGCUAAAGACACACGGCAAGAGAAUGACGAACCAGAGGACACUACUGUUGAGGAGGAUUCUCGUGAUGGCCAUGAGGAGCUUCAGGAUGAGCACGAGAGCAUGCAGGAAAUGGACAUCCUCGACAUGAACGUCCUGGAUGAGACGGAGAAUGAUAAUGGAAUACCAGCCGAAGAUGAUGAGGAGGGUGACAUGGAGCAUUAUCACUCUGACGAUGACGCAGUGUUGAAUGAAGAGCAUGAUAACGGAGCCCUGGAGACGGAUGAAGAUGAGGCAAGAGGUCCAGAGCAGAUGGAGGACUCUGAGAUGUUAGAUAAGGAUGAAUACAUGACAUGUUCAUCUAUCAAUAUGGAUCCAGAUGCGGGCGACGUGAAAGAAGAAACAGAAAAUGACAAAGUAGCCGGGUCUUGUUUAUCUGAGCCGCUUAACGAAGAUCACCACCAGAGCCACGAGACGAGCCCUGAAGAAGAGCAAGCUGUCACCGCCGGAGGGGAAGAAAAUGUUCCCGACACUGGUUCCAAGUUGGACAAGGCCGCUACCGGAGAUGUGGAGAGUGACCGGGAUGUUGUGGAGACUGACACCAAAGAGGUUGGGGACACACAGAAUGUCCCAGAAGAGACAAUGGACGCUGAAAAUGAAAGCUCUCAGGCUGUUAGUGUAAGCAAACAGGGCACUGUGGGUGAAACUGUUGAUUCAGAAUUGGGUUCUAAGAAGGGUGAGGAGGAUGAGAAGACAGAAGAGAACGCUGCCGUGGAUUCAGCCUCGACAGUGAAAGAGUCCUCUUCUGUAGAGGGCGAUGAUCAGAAAAAAAGCUCUGAGGAAAACGAUGGCAAGACUGAGACAAAAGAUGAAAAGGCUGCUGGAAGCGGUGCUGCAGCAAGUAGUAGCAGGAAUCUGUGGGUCAGUGGUCUCUCCUCCACUACCAGAGCGACCGAUCUGAAGACUCUCUUCAGCAAGUAUGGCAAGGUUGUCGGAGCCAAGGUGGUGACCAACGCCAAGAGCCCUGGGGCUCGUUGCUACGGCUUUGUCACCAUGUCCUCCACAGACGAGGCCACCAAUUGUAUCAGCCACCUUCACAGGACAGAGCUGCAUGGCAGGAUGAUCUCUGUGGAGCGGGCUAAAAAUGAGCCUGCUGGGAAGAAGCCAGCUGACAAGAAUGACGCCAAGAAGUCUGGUGACAGGCGACACUCCUCUGACUCUAAAUCUGAUGGAAAGGACGAGAAGACUGAGGGAGAAGGAAAAGAUGGCAAAGGGCGAAAUGAGAGGACCGUAGUUAUGGACAAGUCCAAAGGAGAGCCUGUCAUCAGUGUCAAAACCAAAAGCAAGGAACGAAGCACAAAGAGUCGGGACCGCAAGUCAUCCAGUAAGGAGAAGAAAGACAUCCUGUCCUUUGACCAGAUCAAGGAGCAGAGAGAGAGGGAGAGGCAGAGACAACGAGAGAGGGAGAUCAGAGAGGUGGAGAGACGCAGAUUCACCGACCGAGACCGGGAUCGUGACAACCGUCCGGAUCGUGAGCGCGAGCGAAUCCGUCUGUUCCGGGAGAAAGAGGAGAGGAAACACUUGAUGCGGAAGAGACACUGGCUUGAGGCUGAGAAGCAGCGCCUCGAUGCAGACCGCAUGGAACGGCAGUUCUUGGAGCGGGAAAGGCUGCGCAUUGAGUACGAGAGGCGGCGUGAGCAGGAGAGGAUCCUCAGGGAGCGUGAUGAGCUGCGGCGGCAGCAGGAGCAGUUACGUUAUGAACAGGAGCGACGCUCCGUUAAGAGGCCGUACGACAUGGAUGGCAGGAAAGAUGACUGGCCUGAUAAGCGCAUGACCAUGGAUGACCGUUACAGCCGUUCAGACUUUACUAGACAGGAUCGUUAUCAGGACUUCGACCACAGGGACCGGGGUCGUUACCAAGAAGACAUGAUGGUUGACAGGCGUGACAACACUCGUGGCAUCGGUGCAGACAGAGAUGGUCAGCACUUCUCAGACAGGUCAGAAAGACAUGGCAGAGAUGGCAGAGACUCUUGGAGUGGAGGCUAUGACAAACGCAUUAAUCCCAGAGAAGGAGGUCGAGACUGGGACUCAAAUCGGAAGAUGGAUGGAGACAGACCAUGGCAAGCUAGAGACGGUGCCAUCCCAGGCCAGAGCCACAUGACUCGUGGAGGAAUAGCAGGCAGCCGUGGUGGCUACAUGAACACAGGAACGUCUCAGUCCCUCUCCGGAGCUCUCAACAGACAGAACCAGCUGAUGCAGGGCAGCGGACUGCAGGGUGGAGCUUUUGGUCGACGCUACUGAUGCACGUCUAUCUGAAGACGAUAGUGGGGACCGUGUAAGUGGGUCACCUCAUCAGAUGGUGACCUGCUUGAUUUUGUACAUGUUUUUAAAUUCAGAAUUCUUUUUUGACACAGUUCCAGUUCAUAUUUGACGGAUACCUUUUUAUUUUUCUGGCCGCUUCCUUUUUUAGUUUAUUGUUUUCCUGUGUGUGUGUGUGUGUGUGAUCUAGUGGUCUCCCUUGUGUUUAUCAUUCAGCCACACCUUCCUUGUUUGCAUAACAAUACUAUCUGGUUGCAAGAAAAUGUCUGCCCGUGGUGGACCUAACCAGUGUUCUCUCUGUACCUCAGUUUGUCUGAAGCAUUUUGGAAGUUUGUCAUUCUCGUUAUAUGAGCCUUUUCCACGUUAUUCUUUUUUUUUUUUUUUAUAAGCCGAGAUGGUUGAAGUUGUGCUGCUGAAGAAAAGGCUUUUAAACCACAUGUCGCACUCUGAUCUUCUAGUCUUGGCAAAACAUUUCUUUUUUUUCUUCUUCUAAUUAGUGCUUUUUUUGUAAAUAGUAUUUGAUUUUGUGUGAUUGUUGGAUCAUGGUAAUAAAAGCCCCUCAAGCGUA